GCCGGAAGACGAAGAAGGAUCCCAGUAUGAGUCAAGGUGUAAUACAAAUGUUUACUAAUUAUCAGUGUCUAUUUGUGCUUGAUUUUGGUAUUGACGUUGAUUAUGUUGUAGGGAUGUUCAGUGCAACUCAUGUUAAAGACGCGGAGCUGCCAUUCUUUAGCUUGUCUACAGUUUUGAAAGCUACUGAUAAUUUUUCAGACAAGAAUAAGCUGGGUGAGGGCGGAUUUGGACCUGUGUACAUGGGCGUGCUGAAAGACGGGCAUGAAAUUGCUGUCAAACGUUUGUCGAAGACCUCAACGCAGGGAGUGAAUGAGCUGAGAAACGAAGUAGCGCUGAUAUCCAAACUCCAGCACCGCAAUCUGGUGAGGACUCUGGGAUUUUGCGCUCAAGGAGACGAGUACAUGUUGGUCUACGAAUACAUGCCUAAUUACAGCCUUGACUUAACGUUAUUUGACCAAGAGAAGAGUAGGCUCCUUGACUGGCAAAAGCGCUUCAAUAUCAUCAAUGGAAUUGCUAAAGGGCUACUGUAUCUUCACCAAGAUUCGAGGCUGAGAAUCAUCCACCGCGACCUCAAAGCUAGCAACAUACUGCUAGAUGCUGAUAUGAUUCCCAAGAUAUCGGACUUUGGAUUAGCUAGGAGCUUCGGAGGAAACCAAACAGAAGCUCAGACGCGCAGAGUUGUUGGGACUUAUGGUUACAUGUCUCCGGAGUACGCUAUAGAUGGGUUGUUUUCAGUCAAAUCCGACGUUUUCAGUUUCGGUGUUCUCGUGCUAGAGAUUGUUAGCGGCAACAGAAACAGAGGAUUCCUCCUUAAAGACCACAAUCUCAACCUUCUUGGACAUGCGUGGAGUCUUUACAAAGAAGAUAGUUUGAGAAAACUAGUUGAUCCUUGUCUGGAUGAGGCAUUCGACUUGGGACAAGUGGAACGUACGAUCCAUGUUGGGCUGCUGUGCGUGCAGAAUAGCCCAGACGACAGGCCAAGCAUGUCGUCUGUGGUGUUCAUGCUGGGGAAUGGAGUGGCACUGCCGCAGGCGAAGCAGCCGGGUUUCUUCUCGGAGAGGAACAUUGCUAUUGAUCACAACUCCAACGACUCUAAUCCCACAGCUUCGCAUAAUCAACUUACAAUCACUUGGACACAAGGUAGAUAGCAGUCAAAACUGUUGUACAAUGAGUUAAUUGUAAGGUGUAACCUCGAGAAAUAUAGAGAGAAUACUGCCAUUUAUUUGAAUUUUUCAUGCUAGGCUUCUUAGUUGAGAUGUUCCAGACAA